ACUGAAAUGGAGGUGUGGAUACAACGCAUGCGCACUUUGUCCACAACUAUUCAGACCCGUCCACAAGCGCCGACAUCAACAAGAGCGACUUACUAAUGCGGGUUGAUUUUCAUAUUAGUCGCAUUGUAUCAACGCGCCAUAAGGAUUCAUACUUUCUUAACUUGACUCCACUAAAGCAAGAUGUUUGGCUUCCACAAGCCGAAGAUGUACAGGAGUCUGGACGGCUGUUGUAUCUGCCGCGCAAAGUCCUCCAGCUCCCGUUUUACUGACAGCAAGCGGUACGAAAAGGACUUCAAGAGUUGCUUCGGGUUGAGUGAGACCCGAUCUGGGGAAAUUUGUAAUGCCUGUGUCCUUUUGGUCAAACGCUGGAAAAAGCUUCCAGUGGGCACCAAAAAGAACUGGAAUCACGUGGUAGAUGCCAGGGGAGGUCCCAGCCUGAAGCUCACAUCACGGCCUAAGAAGAUCAAGUCCAUUUCAAAGAAAGCACGGCCGAGCCAGAUCAGCAGACUGCAGAAAGAGCUCAAGAGGAACAACUCAGAUGCCCACAGCACCACCUCCAGUGCUUCUCCAGCCCAGUCUCCCAGCUACAGUAACCUGUCCGAUGAUGGCUCUGACACAGAGCUGAGUCCGGGCUCAAGUCGCUCUCCAGUUUUCUCCUUCCUGGAUCUAACGUACUGGAAGAGGCAAAAGGUGUGCUGUGGCAUCAUCUACAAGGGCCGCUUUGGGGAGGUACUCAUUGACCCCCAUUUGUUCAAACCAUGCUGCCGCAAAAAGCAGCGCCAACAGCAGCAGCAGCAGAGGCGACCGGAGGAGGAGGAAGAGGAGGAGGAAGAAGAGGAGGAGGACGAGGAGGAGGUGGAGCUGGGCCCGGGCGGAGCACCAGAUGUUGGCAGGCAGAAAUCCCCAGCACACCAGCCAGAGGAGGAGACAGAGAUGCCAGCAUGUGAAGAGUCUGCUCCACGGUGUGUUACCGUGACAACCUCUCCAACCAGGAGCAUGGCUGUCGCCGAGGAAGCUUGGUAAAAAAAAAAAUCCCAACCUCACUUUUUGCACACAUCUCUGAAGAAAUCCCGGAGUGUUGCUUUUUCUCAAGCACUUACUGAAAGAAGUGGCCUCAGAUCGCCUUCAGUUGUCAAGCAGCUCAAAAUACAACGUUUUCUGAAGCUUUUUGUUAUGUCAAAACAGUAACUUAUGGACUAUUCUGUUUUGUUUUGUCAUAUUUUUGUAUAUUGACGGACCAUUUUUGUGGUGUUUUUAAUCAACUUUAGAUACAAUGCUGGAGUUCUACGUUGCUGGUUCAUUUACAGGAUUUUUAUUCCAAAAUGCAAUAAUUCCACUGCGCAUUUGUCAGGGCAGAGAAGCGGUGCUACCUGAAAAUCAUCACAUGUGAUAUCAUUAUUAUUUACAGAAGGAUACACCUAAUGUACUGUAUGCGAAAUUUGUAUUAUUAUUAUUCUGAAGUUACUGUAGUUUUGAUUUUUUGGUUCAGAAAAGGAUAUCUUGGUGGUUAUCUCGUUUUGGAAUGAAUGAUUCUUUUAGACACAGAUCUGUACAGUUGCCCUUGUGUAAGUGUCUAUUUAUCACCAAGUCCAUUCCUAUCAAAGAGCUUGUGUUUUUGUAGACCGGAUAAACGUCUUUGUACAAUAUGUGGGUAUCCGUUUGAAAUAAGGCCUAUUCACAGCUUCAACAGCAAAUACACCAGCCUUAAUAAUAAUGUGUUACGGACAGUGCUAGUGUUAAUUCUGGAUUGGUAUUAAGGAACAAAAGGGACAGUAGCUCCAAUUAUUGUGGCCUCAGCGACACAGUGCAUUUUGCAUGAAUGGCAAGCCCGCUCAUCCAAAAGACCGAACGAUCUGAUGCAUGAGUACAAAAUUGCAUGGCCUUAUAUAAGCUGUAAAUUUAACUUUUUAUUUUUGUCUUCUUUUUAAAUCAAGUUUGAAAUUUUAACUUAUUUUUGUAUAUAAACUGAAAAAAAUUGAAAAAAAAUUUUUGCAUAUUACAAUACCACAAAAUACCACAGCAAAACCCACCACCGGUCUAUAGUCAUUCAGCAAUAUCCGUAUCAGUGCUUAGUAUCAUUUACGGUGAAAGACUUUAUAGCAUUAUUUGCAUACCCGUGAAAUUUACCAUAGCCUCUUAUAUACCACAAAUGUGUUGUGAUAUAUAGUCGAAUAUUACUUUAUUUAUCUAAUAAAAGCCAAAGCACAUUCAAGUCACUCAUGUAAACUCAGUGCAGGUUUCUAUGGACACUUGGUCAUUUCUAUGUACGUUUAUGGUAUUCCAAUGAACACUAAAAUACAUGUGAUAUUGUCAGGAGCAGUGGGUGUGUUCUGUACAUAAGGGGUGGGGUCAACUCUUAAAUGUUUCUUUCAUUAUUUAUUUAUUUUAUAUUUAUUUGUAUUACCAUAUUCCUGCUUAGAGUUUAGACCUGUAGUGUGGCUUUUAAAUACAUCAGAAAUUGAAUGUAAUUCUUGCACAGACUUUUUAACUUUGUGUAGAAUUACUGGGUGUCAAUAUUUGUGAAUUGUGGUUGUAUUUAUUUACUGCUUAACCUUAAUCCUAACUUAUUCAGUUCCAACACUUUGAUCUGUAUUGUUAUAAAUUACAGCAACCAAACUGUACUUUUGCCUCGUAGCUUGUAGCGUAAUAUAUUACCAACUUGUAGAAUACAACUUUAGACGUGCAUGUUCUGUACUGCUAUGCAUUUACUUAGCUUACAAGUUAGACAAAGCUGUUUUGUAUUUUUUAUACUUCAUGUAAUUUUUUACUUGUCCCUUAA